AUGGCUUCAGGUACUCUUCCUAUGCAAGUUUCCAGGGAUUUUCUUCCACGAGGUUCUGGAAUCGUAACAAGACGACCAUUGGUCUUGCAACUCAUCACUGCCAAAACAGAGUAUGCUGAAUUUCUACACUGCAAAGGGAGGAAAUUUACUGAUUUUGAUGAAGUUCGUCAGGAAAUUGAAGUAGAAACAGAUAGAAUAACAGGAGUGAACAAAGGCAUUUCUUCAGUUCCUAUUAAUUUAAGAAUAUAUUCUCCACAUGUAUUAAGCCUGACUCUUAUUGAUUUGCCGGGAAUCACUAAAGUGCCAGUAGGGGAUCAGCCUCCAGAUAUUGAGCAGCAGAUCAGAGACAUGAUAAUGCAGUUCAUCUCUCGAGAAAACUGUCUGAUACUGGCUGUGACUCCCGCUAACACUGAUCUGGCCAACUCAGAUGCUCUGAAGUUAGCUAAGGAAGUGGACCCUCAAGGCCUUAGGACCAUUGGUGUGAUCACAAAAUUGGAUCUGAUGGAUGAAGGAACAGAUGCAAGAGAAAUUCUAGAAAACAAGCUACUCCCUCUUCGUAGAGGUUAUAUUGGUGUUGUAAACAGAAGCCAGAAAGACAUUGAUGGGAAGAAGGACAUAAAGGCAGCUCUUCUUGCAGAAAGGAAAUUCUUUCUUUCCCACCCAGCAUAUAGGCACAUGGCAGAUCGGAUGGGAACACCAUAUCUCCAAAAAGUUCUAAACCAGCAACUUACCAAUCAUAUUCGGGAUACCCUGCCAGCCUUCAGAAGCAAACUCCAGAGCCAGCUGCUUUCUAUAGAACAUGAAGUAGAGGUAUACAAAAACUUCAGACCAGAAGAUCCAACCAGAAAAACGAAAGCCCUGUUGCAGAUGGUACAACAGUUUUCAGUGGACUUUGAAAAAAGAAUCGAAGGAUCAGGAGAUCAGGUUGAUACACUAGAACUUUCAGGAGGUGCCAAAAUCAAUCGUAUUUUCCAUGAACGUUUUCCUUUUGAACUAGUGAAGAUGGAAUUCAAUGAGAAGGAACUGCGGAGAGAAAUAAGUUACGCCAUCAAGAACAUACAUGGUAUCAGAACAGGUUUGUUUACUCCAGAUAUGGCGUUUGAAGCCAUUGUUAAAAAGCAGAUAGUCAAGCUGAAAGGACCUUGCUUAAAAAGUGUGGAUCUGGUGAUGCAAGAGUUAAUCAACACUGUCAAGAAGUGCACUAAAAAGUUGGCAACAUAUCCAAGGUUGUGUGAGGAAACAGAAAGAAUUGUUGCCGGCUACAUUCGUGAAAGAGAAGAGAAGACUAAGGAUCAGGUGCUGCUGCUGAUUGAUAUCCAGGUUUCUUACAUCAACACCAAUCACGAAGACUUCAUUGGCUUUGCAAAUGCCCAACAAAGAAGCAGUCAGGUUAACAAAAGUGCAGUGGGAAAUCAGGGAACCAAUCUACCGCCUUCAAGGCAAAUUGUCAUCCGGAAAGGCUGGCUGACCAUCAACAAUAUUGGCAUCAUGAAAGGAGGAUCCAAGGAAUACUGGUUCGUUCUAACUGCAGAAAGCUUGUCCUGGUAUAAAGAUGAUGAGGAAAAAGAGAAGAAGUAUAUGCUUCCUUUGGACAACUUGAAAGUGCGAGAUGUUGAAAAGAGCUUCAUGUCUAGCAAACAUAUCUUUGCAUUGUUUAACACGGAGCAGAGGAAUGUUUACAAGGAUUACCGUUUCCUUGAGCUAGCCUGUGACUCCCAAGAGGAGGUGGAUAGCUGGAAGGCAUCUCUGCUACGAGCCGGUGUCUAUCCUGAUAAAUCCUCAGGGAACAACAGAACUGAAAACGAUGAGAAUGGCCAAACAGACAAUUUUUCAAUGGACCCCCAGCUGGAGAGACAGGUGGAGACAAUUCGAAAUCUUGUGGACUCCUACAUGUCUAUUAUCAACAAAUGUAUCCGAGAUUUGAUACCGAAAACAAUCAUGCAUCUUAUGAUCAAUAAUGUAAAAGAAUUUAUCAACGCAGAGCUCCUGGCUCACUUGUAUUCUUCCGAGGACCAAAACACUCUAAUGGAGGAGUCGGCUGAGCAGGCGCAGAGGCGAGAUGAAAUGCUCCGCAUGUACCAAGCACUAAAGGAAGCCCUAGCAAUCAUUGGCGAUAUUAGCACUAGCACUGUCUCAACCCCUGCACCCCCUCCUGUAGAUGACUCUUGGCUUCAGCAGGCCCGCAGAUCACCUCCUCCAAGUCCCUCAACUCAGAGGAGGCCUACAUUAAACAAUCCCCCAACCAGACCUUUAUCUGGCCGAGGACCCGCUCCUGCAAUCCCAUCUCCAGGCCCUCAGUCAGGGGCUCCUCCGGUCCCGUUCCGCCCAGGACCACUGCCUCCAUUUCCAAGUGGUGGUGAAGCCCUUGGAGGACCUCCCCAGGUUCCCUCUCGGCCGACCCGGGCUCCUCCCAGCGUCCCAAGGACCUACUACGGAAGCGACAGCAUUUGUACCCAGCGAGCUCUUGAAGAGGGUCUGGCCAUGCUUCACCUCUCAGGCUUCCCAGAUCCCGUCUCCCACGGGGGAGGGACGUGGGCCCCUGACAGCACGGUGUGGGCGGCUGACACUUGCCUUUCCCCACAGCAGAAGCUGUAG